UUCUGUGAAAACAAGGGUUGUAAGGGAAUGAGAGGGGAGACAAUGAAGAAAAACCGACCGGGAGAGAACCCCAGCCCCAGAGGUUUUCCUGAGAAUUGACGGGUCUUUUUGGGGCUGACCGAUCCCGUCGGAGGCGGCGGAGGGAGCAAGCCUGCCCGCUGAGCCGGGGACUUCCUGGGACCGGCUAUUCCCUUCGGAUGCGGACUGGCAAACCUGUAGGAAAUUCUCCCGCCGCCCUGCGAAGCCACCAUGAAUUCAGUGGCUGGAAAUAAGGAGAGGAUUGCAGUCACGGCGCGGAGCAGAAAAUACGGGGUGACCGACCCCUGCUCCCCCACCAAGCCCGCCGCCCCCUUCUCCCCCGAGAGCUGGUACCGGAAGGCGUACGAGGAGUCCCGGGCGGGCGGUCGCCCGGCGCCGGAGGGAGCUGGCUCUGCCCUGGGCUCCUCCGGCACCCCGUCCCCCGGCUCCGGCACCUCUUCGCCGGGCUCCUUCUCCGGCUCGCCGGGACCCGCCUCGCCCGGCAUCGGCACCAGCUCCCCCGGCUCCCUGGGCGGCUCGCCGGGCUUCGGCACUGGCUCGCCGGGUUCCGGCAGCGGCGGCGGCUCCUCGCCGGGCUCGGACCGCGGCGUCUGGUGCGAGCACUGCAACGCCCGCCUGGCGGAGCUGAAGAGGCAGGCGCUGAAGCUCCUCAUCCCCGGGCCCGUCAGCAGCAAGGACCCAGGUUUCUCUUCGUUGAUUCACGAGAAGCUCCAAGUUCCCAAUACCAUCCGUAAGGCGUGGAAUGAGAAAGACAGCAGAUGUGAUGUUUGUGCCACGCACCUGAACCAGCUGAAGCAGGAGGCCAUUCAGAUGGUGCUAACCUUGGAGCAAGCUGCCAACUCAGAACAUUACGAUGCCUCACCAGGCUCUCCCCCACCUCUCUCCAAUGUCCCCACGUUGGUGAGUCCCCGGCAUAUGGGCAGCCUGCAGCCCAGGGACUGGGCAUACGUGCCUGCUCCUUAUGCUCCAUCUAAUUAUACAGGCUUUGUUGCCAACAAACACAGUGGAAAGCCCAACAGUUUAGGAAUUGGAAAUGGGGUGGAGAAAAAAAAUGGCUCUCCUGGACACCAAGCCAAGGUCAGCUUUCAAAUGGCCACCAGCCCCAGCAAUGGUAAUGUUCUGAACUCUGUGGCUAUCCAGGCCCACCAGUACCUUGACGGCACCUGGUCUUUGUCAAGAACAAAUGGAGUCACUCUCUAUCCCUACCAAAUAUCUCAGCUUAUGACAGAGACUAGUCGAGAGGGCCUGACUGAAGCAGCAUUGAACCGCUACAAUGCAGAUAAACCCUCCCUGUACAGCUUCCCUGCUUCCCAGAGCACAUAUGUUGCCAGUGAAGUAUCCACAGGCACCUCGGUGGCAGCAUCAUUUUUUGCCAGAGCUGCUCAGAAAUUGAACCUGUCUUCCAAAAAGAAGAAGCACAGGCCUUCUGCAUCAUCUGUUCCUGAAUCUCCUCUCUUCUCUACCUGCUUCAGCAGUAUCCUUCAAACUUCCCCACCCCCUGCACCACCUUGUUUGUUGAGGGCAGUCAGCAAAGUGAAAGACACUCCUGGCUUGGGCAAGGUCAAAGUCAUGGUGCGCAUUUCUUCCACGCUUGCCAGAGACACGUCUGAGUCCAGCUCUUUCUUAAAAGUUGACCCCCGUAAGAAGCAAAUCACACUGUAUGACCCAUUGGCCUGCGGAGGUCAGAAUGCUUUCCAGAAAAGGGGCAGCCAGGUUCCACCCAAGAUGUUUGCAUUUGACGCAGUUUUCCCUCAAGAUGCGUCACAGGCUGAAGUAUGUGCUGGGACUGUGGCUGAGGUGAUCCAGUCUGUGGUCAAUGGGGCAGAUGGCUGCGUGUUCUGCUUUGGUCAUGCCAAGCUUGGGAAGUCAUACACCAUGAUUGGGAAGGAUGAUUCUAUGCAAAACCUUGGAAUAAUUCCUUGUGCCAUCUCGUGGCUAUUCAAGUUGAUUAAUGAGCGCAAAGAGAAGACAGGAGCGCGCUUCUCGGUCCGGAUUUCUGCAGUGGAAGUGUGGGGGAAGGAGGAAAAUCUGAGAGACCUGUUGUCAGAAGUGGCAACAGGCAGCCUGCAAGAUGGCCAGUCCCCAGGUGUCUACCUUUGUGAAGACCCCAUUUGUGGCAUGCAGCUUCAGAAUCAGAGCGAGCUCCGUGCCCCUACGGCAGAGAAGGCUGCCUUCUUCCUGGACGCUGCCAUCGCCUCCCGCCGCAGCAGCCAGCGGGACUGCGCUGAGGAGGAUCACCGCAACUCCCACAUGCUCUUCACGCUGCACAUCUACCAGUACCGCAUGGAGAAGAGCGGCAAAGGCGGAAUGUCUGGAGGUCGCAGCCGCUUGCACCUUAUUGACCUGGGCAGCUGCGUGAAAGUGCUCAGCAAAAACCACGAGGGAAGCUCUGGCCUCUGUCUCUCCUUGCCUGCGCUGGGCAAUGUCAUCCUUGCCCUUGUCAAUGGAAGCAAGCACAUCCCAUACAAAGACAGCAAGCUGACCAUGUUGCUCCGAGAGUCCUUGGGGAAUAUGAACUGCCGCACCACGAUGAUAGCUCACAUUUCAGCCGCUGCGGGGAACUACGCUGAGACGCUCUCCACCAUCCAGAUUGCCUCAAGAGUCCUCAGGAUGAAGAAAAAGAAAACUAAGUACACAUCAAGUUCUUCUGGAGGAGAGAGCUCUUGUGAGGAGGGCCGGAUGCGGAGACCAACCCAGCUGAGACCUUUCCAUUCCAGAAACACUGUGGACCCAGACUUCCCUAUUUUGCAUUUAUCCAGUGAUCCUGAUUAUUCAUCCAGCAGUGAGCAGUCAUGUGACACAGUGAUUUACGUUGGCCCCAAUGGCACUGCCCUUUCUGACAAGGAACUGACAGAUAAUGAGGGUCCCCCUGACUUUGUUCCCAUAGUUCCUGCUCUGCAAAAGACCAAAAAUGAGGGCAGAUUGGAGGAAAUUAGUGAAUCAGGGCCCAGCACAUCUGAAAGAGACUGCCUGAAGUGCAACACCUUUGCAGAGCUCCAGGAGAGACUGGAUUGCAUCGAUGGCAGCGAAGAGACCGACAAAUUUCCCUUUGAAGAGAUGCCUGCUCAGUUUAGUUCAGACCAGGCGUCUAAGUGCGCUGUCUCAAGCCAGCUGGCAGAGCUUAGCCACUUACCAGAGUCAGAUAAGGAAGAUACAAUGCCAGAAUGUCAGAAUCCUGAUAGAGAAGCCAAGGAAAAUACAAAUACAACCCCCAGCAAAACUAGGAGAAAUCACUCCCCUGUUCCUUCUGGAGCUCUUACCAAUCUUUCAACUCCUUCUUCUCCCAGGAGUGUAACAGGCAGCUCUAGUAAAGAGCUUAACUCUUGUCAGUUAGCACACAGCACCAGCUUGCAGAGCAGCAGAGAAGGGCUCAACACCUGUGGAUUUGUGGAAGGCAAACCUCGGCCAAUGGGUUCACCCCGGCUUGGCAUUGCAAGCCUCUCAAAGACAUCUGAGUAUAAGCCACCAACUUCUCCUUCCCAGAGGUGCAAGGUCUAUACACAGAAAGGAGUCCUGCCCAGCUCUACUCCCCCACCAGCUCCACUGAGUAAGGAUGCUGCUAUGACAUCUACUGAAUCUUUAUUACAGCCAGAAAUUCGGACCCCACCCGUAGGCAUGAGCCCUCAGAUUAUGAAAAAAUCAAUGUCGUCCAACAAUGGGGAUUUGGAAGAGACGGUUCUCAAUGAAGAUCAGCAACAAAGCAUUUCUCCAGAAUCCAAGAAGGAGAUUCUGAGCACAACCAUGGUGACUGUGCAGCAGCCAUUGGAGCUGAAUGGAGAGGAUGAGCUUGUGUUCACCCUUGUGGAAGAACUGACCAUUAGUGGUGUCCUUGACAAUGGGCGCCCAACCAGUAUCAUCAGUUUUAACAGUGACUGCUCUGUGCAGGCUUUGGCCUCUGGCUCUAGGCCAGUUAGUAUUAUCAGCAGUAUUUCUGAAGAUCUUGAAUGUUACUCCAGUGCAGCUCCUGUGUCUGAAGUCAGCAUCACACAGUUCCUUCCUCUUCCAAAGCUGAGUCUGGAUGACAAACCCCAGGAUGAUGGCAGCAGGCGCUCAUCCAUCAGCUCGUGGUUGAGUGAAAUGAGCACGGGGAGUGACGGUGAGCAGUCGUGCCACAGCUUCAUAGCCCAGGCAUGCUAUGGGCAUGGGGAAGCAAUGGCAGAGCCCCCGGUCUCCGAGUUUGCGAGCACCAUACAAAGCGCCAGCAUGAUUUGUGUAAGUGACAGACAGAAGUCGGUGGCUGACAACAUGCUUAUACUGUCGGAAAUUGGGGAGGAAGCUUUCGGCAAAGUGCCACCCAUCAAAGGCUGUAAAAUAUCAGCUCUAGGCAAAACUACUGUCACAAUCAAAAACACAGCAAGUCUUAGCAGCUGUGAAGGCUACAUCCCAAUGAAGACGAACAUUACCGUGUAUCCAUGUAUUGCUGUUAAUUCCUUCAAAGCUCAAGACACUGAUAAUGUUGUACCGGCUGGAACUGCAGACUCAAAGGCUGUUCAUCCCCAUGAAGGGAAAGAAUCCAUUGCUAAGAAGGUUAUCAAAUUUGAAGACCCUUGGUUGAAGAGAGAAGAAGAUGUUAAAAAGGACAGCCCUGGGAGCAGUGAUGAGCCAAGGCCUGACACAGUCACGGUUUCAGCCAAGCCUGAGCACAGCACAAAACAGUCCUCCACAGACAGGCUUAGCACCAGCAGUGGGGACACCUCUGUUUCCCCAGGAUCUGACAGUCUUAAAAGGAUUGUGGAUGGGUGUGAGGUGGCAACAUCUGGCUCUGCAACCCAAAGCCCUGUUCAUUCCAGUGAUGGCUUGAAGAAUUGUAGCCUCCCUCGAGGGCUCCCAAAGGCAAGCAAGGUGGAGGAAUCUGACUGUCAUCUCCAUCCUACUUCUACUGACAGCACUGGAGUCAGUUCUUCUGCCCUUCCCCAGUUUUCUAAGGCUAGUCUUGACAGGAAAAUAGCCUCUCCCAAACACUGCAUACUCACCCGUCCCAAAGGGACUCCUCCUCUGCCACCUGUGAGAAAGUCAAGCUUGGAUCAGAAGAACAGAGCCAGCCCCCAGCACAGUGCAGCCAGCAGCACCACAAGCAGUCCCUCCAGCCAGCCUGUGUCCUUCCUGGCCAGCUUCCCAGAGGAGCAGAAUGCCAAACAAAAAGGCCCUGGCAUAGAUAGCAGCAUCAACAACAGCAGCAGCAAGCUCUUCAGUGCCAAGCUGGAGCAGCUUGCCAGCAGGACCAACUCCCUAGGGAGGUCCACAGGAAGCCACUAUGAGUGUUUGUCACUGGAAAGAGCAGAAAGUCUGUCCUCUGUGAGCUCCAAAAUGAGCCCUGGCAGAGACACCACCAUGCCUAGGGCUGGAAGGAGCUUCAGCCGCAGUGCCAUGUCCUCACCCACCAACUCAGGCCUUUCCCAGUCGGCAGGUGCCUCCCCAAAAGCCAGCCAGUCAAAGAUCUCUGCUGUCAGCAAGCUUCUGCUGGCAAGUCCCAAGGCCCGCAGCCUCUCUGCCUCUGCCACCAAAACGCUCAGCUUCUCCACCAAGUCUCUGCCUCAGUCUGUAGGGCAGAGCUCCAGUUUGCCCCCAAGUGGGAAGAACAUGUCCUGGUCAAUGCAGUCCCUCAGCAGAAGCCGGGGCUCCAGCCUUGCUUCCAAAUUGCCCCUUCGAGCUGUCAAUGGGCGGAUUUCAGAGCUGCUCCAAGGGAGCACCAGUGCCAGAGGCGUACAGCUGCCGGGAAGCUUGGAGACAGAUGAACGUGGGGGCCUUCCUGGAGACGAGAAGCCAGCUGUUCACAUGCUGCCUUCACCUUACAGCAAGAUCACCCCUCCUCGGAAACCUCACCGCUGCAGCAGCGGCCAUGGGAGCGACAACAGCAGCGUCCUGAGUGGGGAGCUGCCCCCUGCCAUGGGGAAAACAGCCCUCUUCUACCACAGCGGGGGCAGCAGCGGCUAUGAGAGCAUGAUGAGGGACAGCGAGGCGACGGGGAGUGCCUCCUCAGCGCAGGACUCCAUGAGCGAGAACAGCAGCUCUGCCAGUGGCAGGUGCCGGAGCCUCAAAACCCCAAAGAAACGAUUAAAUGCAGGUUCACAGAGGAGGAGGCUUAUUCCAGCUUUAUCCCUUGACACCGCCUCCCCAGCAAGGAAGCCUGCCAACAGCCCUGGGGUCCGCUGGGUGGACGGGCCGCUGCGGAGUGGGCAAAGGGGGCUGGGGGAGCCCUUUGAGAUCAAAGUCUAUGAGAUAGAUGAUGUGGAGAGGCUCCAGAGACGGCGAGGUGGGGACAGCAAGGAGGUGAUAUGUUUCAAUGCCAAGCUGAAAAUCCUGGAGCACCGCCAGCAGAGAAUCACUGAGGUCAAGGCCAAGUAUGAGUGGUUAAUGAGAGAACUGGAAGUGACCAAACAGUACCUGAUGCUGGAUCCGAACAAGUGGCUCAGUGAAUUUGAUCUGGAGCAGGUAUUUGAGUUGGAUUCUCUGGAAUACUUGGAGGCCCUGGAAUGUGUGACUGAGCGUUUGGAAAACCGUGUCAACUUCUGCAAGGCCCAUCUCAUGAUGAUCACCUGUUUUGACAUCACCUCUAGACGCCGAUAAAGUAUGAACCUCAAGAGAAUUUCAAUGCGCAUCUCUGCCAUCCUCCUUUUCCCUUGCAAACAGCAUCCCAAAGACAAAAGAAAGAGGAUGAAGGUUGGAGUCAAGUCUCAGCUGUGCGUAUGAGAGAUUUGCUAUAUUAUACAGAGGAGUAGUAUUAAAAAAACAAACAGAACAAGCAUGGAAAAUGGAGUGAGAUACUCUGGAAGGUUGUUGAUACUCUUAGCCUAAAAGAGCACUUUGUGGAACCUUUUAAGGACAUGUCUGUAAAUAAGAACUGCUGGCAGAAGACACUUCUUUCCCUGCAUUAGCUGAGGAAGGAGGAAAGGUGGUUGUGGGACUUCCAUUGAGAGGUUCAUUAAAACAAAACCUACCCAGAAAAACUGAUCAAGUGCCUUGCAAAUCUUUGUUACCCAAACAUUUAUGUUCAUACUUUAUUGUGUACAGAUGGUGCUAGUCAAGAAAAGAAAAAGGAAAAAAAAAAAACAAAUACACUUUUGAAAUGUAUUUACAGCUUGUUUUUCUCUUGGUGUUUUCUCCUAUUUCAGACUUGCUGUUUCUAAGUAACUUGUGUUUGUAGAGAUAUUUCCUAAUCAGUACAACAUAUAAAUAAAUGUUAAUUGUCUUUUCUUGUUACCAGAGUAAGGCCACUCAAAGAGAAAUUCAGCUUUCCCAGAUGACACAAACAUAUUUCUAGCAGAGAGUAAGGUUUGUUUAAAUGCUUUUCUGUACUCUCUUAUAUACUGGAGAACACCAUCAUUUUCCCAGCCUUUAUGGUUUUGCAGUGUGUGAGAGAGAAGUGACAUUACUGUGAAGUAAAUAUCUUUUCGAUUUGAUCCAACCCCCAUAACUUGUUUUCUUCUUCAUAUAUGUUUUGCUUUGUACUGGCUGGAGUUAUGAAUAAGGAAGUACUUUUAUCCUAACCCUUUUUUCUGGUGCUAGUAACGUGCUGGAAAAUUGUCCUCUCGCUAAGGGUUCUCAUGUUCAUCAGUCCAAAAAUGAGUGAUUUAUUCUUUCUUGGGACUAUGAGUGAUCAAAUUUAGCUCUGCCUCUUUACGACACAUACCACUGCGAAAUGUGUUUCGUCAGCUUCUGAUUCCUGGCCCAGUGUGUCCAUACUCACAGAUGUACCUGAGAAGUACAGGCUCUGCUCAGCUCAGCACAUUUGGAAAUAAAGAAAAUUAGUAGAUACAGCACUUUAAGCAUGAUGGCUGUGGCAUCCUUUACUAGUGCUGAAGCCAUGGCAAAAUUCACAUUGACAUCAAAAGGACAAAGGUCUGCAGCUCCAUGCACAUCCAGUUAUUCUACUAGUUGGCCCCUUUAUCUACAAAACAAUAUGUGGGAAGGAACAUUCUUUGUAUUUCAUAAACAAAUGUACCAAACCUGCAUUUUAAUUACAUAUGAACAUUAGAAUUACAAAGAAUUACUUUGUUGAAUUAGGUUUCUUAUUCCUCUAUACUGAAAUAAGCACAUUCACAAAAAUUCCUCUCUCACAUAGAUUUGUGUUACCCUCCUCUUGUCUAUGAGGAAAUAAGAGUCUCUUUUAAUAUACUCAAAAUGUGUCAAUUAACUACUGUAAUUAAGUGCAACUCUUUUUACCUGCACCAUCAUAUCAAUGCUGUCUUACAACACCCCAAGCAGCAAGUCCCAAUGGAAAAAUAAUACUGGUAGAUUUUUUAGUGGUUAGUGAACAGAAAAGUUUUUUUAAAAGGUAGAAGUAACAUUUGUAUAAUUUUAUUUUCUUUUAGUGCUCUGCAACUUUUAAUAACAAAUCUUACUCACUCUAUUACCCUUGUCACUGGAUUUUGUAGAAAAUUCUACUUAAAAUCUAUAGGAUUAUUUGGAAAGGAAAAAAAGUCCUGUGUGAAAGUCACUUUCUAGUCUGUUCCACAGCAAUUUCCUAUCAUGAAAUUUACAUUCUAAGGAAGUAUUAAAAACAUAUCCAUUUUUCCCUCAAAGAAAAAAACCAAAACCAACCAACUCAGAAAAUCCCCCCCAAACCAUGCAAUUUAACUGUCUUUCUUCUCUUUAUAGCAAUUUCAGUAGCAGUUACUAUGUAUUGGUUCUUUGGAGGCCAUCUUUUCUCUGCAGAGCCCCAUGGAUUGAGUACAGCUGCAGAGAGCCAAGGAAAUCCUCCCUGCACACAGCUCAUGACUUACACAGGAGUGGUGAUGUUUCUAUAAAUCAAGUGGACACAUUUCGGAGCUGUUGUAAAAUACCUAUUGCAUAUAAUAUCCCUCACCCUCAUGAACUCAAUUAUUCAUUGACUCUGGAUUUGGUGCUUUUGUAGAUUAGGAGGCAUUUUUUAUGGUUAGGCAUACCUAACCAUCAUUUUAAAGAGUAAGAGCAUAUGUUCACCCUGUUUAUCAUGAUGGACAAAAAUUGAUCCCUGAAACCAAAUUGAUUACACCAAGGAUGAAUUUUGCAUACUAAAACAUAUACGCUAAUUGAGCAGAAUCACAGUACUUAUAAAUAUUUUAUUCCUGAUGACCUAAUCAGAGUAGCUGUUAACUCCCAUAAUAUACUAGUAUUCAUAUUCUAAAAUCCAUAUGCAUUCUUGACUUUCUGUCAUUUCAUUUCAGAAUUUGCCAAUAUGUUUUUGAGAACUGUGAUAGCUUAAUACAAAAUAAGGAAUGAUAAAUUUGUGGAGAUGUGACAUGAUAAAACUUUUUCUUCUUGAAAACAGCUUUUUACUUCAGAAUUUAUAUUAUUGUAGUUCAAGUAUUUGCAAAACACAUAAAUCAAAGCAUUCAGGACCUUAUGAAAGUAAGUUUGCAGUAGCCAGCAUUUUAGAGAAGACACAUACACUUCUGCAAGUCAUCCAGGAAGUCCCAUUCUUUAAGGCAUUGCCAGCAUAGUGCUGUUUUUAUGCUGAUUUUUUAAAAGGCAUCAUGUUGCCCAAAAUACACAAGAGCAACAUGAAUGUAAUGCCUCAUCAUUUUCACAUUCAGAAAUCAAUCUUAUUUCCCUGGAACAGCUUUAGUAGGGAACAGCACUGUUAAUGUAAUUAGGUUUGAAGGUUAAUUCUUUGUUUGCACGUGCCACAGGAGAUCACAGCUCUAAAUUGUCAGGCUGUGAGAUGACUGUGGAACACCAGCACUGCUCCACAUCCCCACCAGCACCUGGGGCACUUCCUGACAACUCCUGCUCUUGGCAUACACAAACCUUAUUCAUACAAGGGACAGGAGUUGCUCUAUAACCAUAAAAUCAAGUGUAACCAUAGGCUGGAGACUUGGGCUUCAAGACCAUGGAUUCAGAUGUCCUUGUGCUCUGAAGGGUGUGGGAGAGCCCUAAUUCCUGGUACAUUUGUCACACGUCUUUUCUUUUGCCAUAUAUGCCUGGCAUUUGCUUCAAAACAAUUCUUUGCCAAUUCAUUCAGAACCAAGUAAUCCAAACUAUUACUUUACAGAAAGACAAGGAAGGAAACUAAUGCUCUCCUUUCUUAGGUUUUCUUCUCAUCUCACCUGCUCUGAUAAAACUGAGGCACAAUUGCAUUAAGAAUCAGAAGAAUUAUGACAGAGUAAACCCAGUUGUGAGGAAAAUACAUCCACUUGCAAUUUUUUUGGGUAUUUACUGUUAGUUAUAUAGUAGAAGUUCAUACAUGCUACUGUUAUGUAUUUAACACCGCCUCAUUUUGUGUAAGGACACAGGACUAUUGCUGAACAUAUAUCUUCGAUCCAGUCUCAGAAGACCCACUGCCAUAAAUCCUAGCUUCUGAAACUUUCAGGUCCAUAAAAUAGUAACUGGUACCAAGCAAUGGCAUGAUCCUCUGACACGAUUCUUAGUGAAAGCUGCAUAAAAUAUAUGAAAAGGGAUCAAAGAUACACACUGGCAUUUUUUUCUUUUAUCUCUAAAUGUGGCAAUUAUAGAGGCUGAAAGCUGGGACUGAUGCUGGGAGUAAUACACACCAAAUCCCAUGUUUGCUCACAGGGCAUAGUCAGUCAGUCUUGAAGUGUGGGUUUUACUUUUUCACUUUUUUCAUUUAUCUCAAUAAUAUGGCUUGUCUUAAAGUAGGGACCUGUGGCAUGGAAUUCAAAUGUGAUGACAGCUGAAAAAUAUAGACUCUUUUACAAAAAUCACCUUUUACAGAUGUUUGUGAUUUUACCGCAUCUUUUUUAAUGAGCUAAAAAUCAUUGUAGAAACAGAAGUUGUAUGUGCAUGGAUAAAUACGCAUGCACACAGCCUGGGUUGGCAUUGCUGCAGGGAAGUGGCAGAGCUGCUCACAAAUGGCAACACUGCCACUCCCCUUCCUUCCUCCACCCAGUGCCUGCCUACAAAACCAUUCCCCUUGCACUCACCUGGAUGAAGUUAACUUAUGCCACACUAUAGGCAAAACUUAUACUUGAAACUCUUUCAAGGGCUUCUUUAAAAGGUUCUUUCUUAACCGGAUUCUUCAGCCAACGUAGCCAAAUUGCUGCAGUUCCCAUGUAGAUGAAUUAAUCCUGAUGUCCUCAUGGUCUGUGUUUUGUAACUCCACAGGCUUUUGCAUUGGCAACACACAGCAGUUUUUGAAGACACAAGGCUGGCUGUUGCUAGCUAUCCUAAGAUUUGUAAGAGGUUUCCAAAUAACCAUAGCAAACAAAACUGUGAAUCAUUUGUCAAUGCAAAGUUAAUAAUCUCUCUCUCUUGCAUUUAUUGUGCGCUCAUCCCAGGGUUAUCUGAGCUUCCAUACCUGUUCCUGGAAAUAAUAAACCAUUUUAUUAUUGUCUUUAUCUUUUCUUCUUUCUCCUUCUCAAGCAACCUUUCAAAACAAGAAAAUAAUUAAUUUUCCCUUGAAAAUGUAGCACCCUUUUGCCACCAAAUUCACGAACAGCAGUCCCAUGCUCACUUAUGCAAACUUUUGAAGCUCACAAAAGGCAUGAUGAUUCUUCAAAGAAUGGAGGUGCUAAAAGUGUAAUAGGAGCAUUCAGUAGCAUUCAGCUAUAGUAUUUCAAUACUAUAUAUAUAUAUACUCAGCUAUAGUAUUUCAAACUACCUUCCAACCCUCCUGGACUGGAAAUAAAACACAACCCAAACUAUCUUACUUUGAGUGGUCCUACUUAAGUAUUGAGCAAACUUUAUAAUAAUGGUAAUAAAUUGGUGCUUGAGGCAGUUUCAGCUAUAUUACAUAUUCUCUAUAUACUAUAGAUAUGGAUGUAUUCACCCUCUUUAUUGUAUAUGUAUGUGUGUGAGUAUUUACAUGUAGCACACAUACAUAUAUGUUUUAUGUAUGCAUAGAUACUAACUUUUCUACAUUUUACUUCUUGCCCUCCCAUAGCUGAAACUGCUGGUUACUAACAUCCACAUCCACAUCCACAUCAUAUUCUAUGUAUGAAGGAUAUAAUUUAUUUGUAAACUCAGGAUGUUCUUGUUUUAUAGAGUUGCUUGUAUUUUAUAAUUUAUUUACACAUCAUGGUUGGAAAUGCUUAUCUAAGUGCUAUGCAUUGAAGUGUAUGUUUGCUAAAUCCAUUUCACUCUGUCCGUGGCAAUGUUCUUUCUCAUUAUAAUAGUCAUAUAAAAUAGGGCUAAGGAGAAGAGAAACUGAUAGAUAUGGAACUUAUUCUGGUCCCAUCAUUGGGCAAUUCCAGAGGAAGAUGUACCAGUAGUAUAUAUAUAUAAUCAACUAAAUUUUAUGGUGAAAAAAGGAGAAAGAACAGCAUGAGGACAAGUUCAAAAUGUGGAAAGUCACAGCCAUUUCCAAGUUUGUCGACAAAUGCAUUGAACCUUUUGCCAUUAAAAUUGUAAAGUUUAUUGUUUGCUGGCUAAAAAAUAUCCCUUUUGUGGUAUCUGAGGUGUGAAACAUUGUCAAAAAUAUGAUGUCUGGAAAAAAAACAAACUAUAGUGGCAUUAAAUGUUUACUUUUAUCUUACCAAUA